AUGAGCUAAUAGGAUGAAACAGAAUAAUAGAAAGAAGAUUUAAACAUCCAGAAUGAUAAUGAGAAUGAUGAUAAAACAGGCAUAUAGUAAAACCAAUCUCUCAAUGAUGGGACCAUACAAGACAAUUCCAGAAUAGAAGCACCUAUUGUAGAAUUGAAGAACUUAAAUGAGGAAGAAAAUUAGGAUUAAGCUUAGAUACCAAAAGAAGAAUCGAAUGUGGCAACACCAACAAGAACUUCUUAGCAUGAGGCAUCUCCAGUUGUAUAAAGAGAUCAAAUUUAAUCUCGAGAAAAGGAUAGGUAAUCAUAGGAUGGUACAGAUUUAAAGUAAGAAGAAGGAAUAGAAAAAACAGAGGAAGAGAUUAACCAAGAACAAAUUACGGAAUAAUAAAUAAAUUAAUAAGACAAUCUUGAAGAGGCCGAUUAAAAUUAAUCAGAAAAGGAUCUAGAAGAGUAGAAUGAUUAGAAUGAUUAGAAUGAUUAGAAUGAUUAGACUGAUUAGAAUGAUUAGAAUGAGCCUGAGGAAUUUCAAAAAUCCUUUCAUUCAUAAUAAUAAUCAUAAAAAUCAAAUAAAUCAACAUUGUCAGAAAAAAUAACUUUUUUACAGUCUGCAUUAUAAAUGAAAGAUGAACUAAUAUCAACAAUGUAGGACGAGAUUGCAGUUUUGAAAUAGGCUUAAAUGGAUAAACAAGAACAUAUAGAUACUAUGGAAAAAAAACAUGAGGAAAAACUAGAUAAACUAAUGAAAAAAGUUGAAGAAUUAGAGAAGCUACUUAAAGAGAAGGAAAAUGAUAUUGAACAAUACAGGAAUGGAAAUCAAACUUUACAUCUUCAAGAUUUAUCAGUUAUCUCGGUAUAGAAAAAUGAUAAUUUGAAAUCCCAUGUUAAUGAGAAGAAAGAUGUUACCAUUUUCGAGGUUCUUAAUGAAAAACAAACAACCGCAGAUUUAUCAGAACUUGGCAAUAAUUUUUGGCUGAUCUCUGCUGAAAGGAAAAUUUAAAAAAACAAUCCUUUGUAUAAAGAUUAUUUCCCAAAAGAUCCUGAACCUGAUUAGCCUAAAAAUAAAAUUGUCAUCAAUCACCCUACUAAAAAAUAUGACAAAUCUUAUUGGUUUAAAUAUGUGGAAAUAAAAAAACCUCCAAGAUACAAUCACAAUGUUUAAUUGCCAAAAUUACCAGAAAUUAAUCAUUAAUAUCAAUAAAAUGACCCUAAAAUAUUGUCGAAGUAAUAUUAGCAAUAAUAAGAAAUGCAACAAUAAAUAAUUUAGUCUAUUCAAUAAUAAACACCUCUAGGUUUUUCUUAAACUGCAUAAAAUAAGGUAAAUCCUGUUUCAUAAUCUAUUCCUUUUAGCCAGAAAUUAUUAGCAAAUAACCAAAGAAGUGGUAGCUAAUAAUAAAAUAAUAAUUUAAUCAAAAAUAAAAUGUAUGCAUCAUAACCUACUAUUUUAAAGGCACAAUAAGUAUCAUUUGAUCAGGAAGACUUCUUGGCCGAUUAAGAAAUCGAAUAGAUGUUUGCGUAGUAGUCUCCACCAAAAAAACAAAAGAUAGAUUGGGAUUCUUAGCCCUAGAAUAAUUACAUGAUUGUUUAACAUACAAAUUCCUCCCAAGUUUUAGAAUAACAAGAAAAAUUUCCCAUAUUGUCCCAAAAACUCUCCUAUGUUAAUCAAUACUCUCACAAAAAAGAAUUCUCAAGACUAAAUGAAUCACAAAAUUAAAACAGAACUAAGUUAUCGAAGUAUUAUUGA